AUGUUUCAUCAAUCUAUAUAUCUACUGAAGAAUCUCAGCAAAAUCUUUACCGGGUCAGGAAUUCAGACCCGAUUCACAACAUAUACGCCUAGACAUGUUACGGUUAUCCACAGCAAUGUGACAAACGCGGUGCACCAGGUGUUGGAAGCAAUGCACGCACCGGUCUACUUUGAGACAUAUGAUAUAAUGGGAAAUAUGAACCAUUUCCCGCGGGAAGUGGUGGAGUCGAUACAGCGGAACAAAGUGUGUUUAAAUGGUCGACUCAAGACCUCCUUGUGUGCUGGUGAAAGAGAGGAGCUUGACCUUUUUGCAUCUCUUGUCAACUGCUUCAAUCUGAACGGUCAGCCGAGUCGCCACCAGAACGUUGACAUUGUGGUAAUCAGAGAAAGCACAGAAGGCGAAUAUGCAGGGCGUGAGCAUGAAGUUGUUCCCGGUGUCAUAGAGAACUUUCAGGUGACAAUGACAAAGUUUUGGUCGGAUCGAAUCGCAAAGUAUGCUUUUGAAUAUGCUCGACUGAGCAAGAGGUAAAAAGUUACAGCAGUUCACAACAAGGGAAAACUAGCUGAUGCAUUCUUCUUGAAAUCUUGUCAAGAAGUUGCUAAAAUGUAUCCAAACAUCACCUACGGCGAAAUUUCUGUUAAUAAAUGCUGUUUGCAACUUGUAGAAAAACCAGAGCGGUUCGACAUCAUUGUAACUCCGAAUCUCUAUGGGAAUCUAAUUAUACACAUUGCUGCUGGUGUUGCUGGAGGAGGCAGUGGUGAGAUUAUGCCUGGAGGAAGUUUUGGUGCUGAGUAUGCAAUCUUUGAGCAAGUUGGAUAAGUGGGAAACCAUAAAAAUCCGGUGGCAUUACUGUUCUCUUCGGUUAUGAUGUUGAGACAUCUCCAGCUCCCUUUAUUUGCAGACCGGCUUAAAACCGCCAUGAUACGUGUUGCCACUGAAGGAAAGUGUGGAAACAGUGAUACUAGCACACAGGAGAUUGUUGAUGCUGUAAUUGCAAACAUGGAUUGA